UCCUGGGCACAGUUUGUUAUUUUUCCCAUACAUUUUACAUUCCAUUAAAGAUAAGACACUACCCGCAAAAUCACUGAAAUGUCGUGUACUCACCAGGCGAUAUCGAUCCUCGACAUAAUAAGAAUAAUGAGCUGUAAAAAGCCCGAAGAAUCGUCCUCAAGAUGCGGAGCUGAUGGAAUCGUGCCGGCAGAAGUCGAGCGAGAUUUGAAGCUGAUGACCUCGAUCCUCGGCAUAGAGCACAGCGCGCUCAUCAUGCUCGGUGCCAUUACCGGCUACGGGAUGCUCCACGUUCCCUGGAUCCUGAUGCAGCUGUGCAUCAUAGCGAUCGAGCUUGUGGUUUUCGUCGUCAGACUAUUUCUCGAGGGCCUGCACGUGUCCCGCGACGAGAUAUUUAUCGCUCUGCUCUCCCUGCACAACUGGUUCCAAGUCUAUUGUCUGUUUCAGCGACAAUUUUACCAGUCCUGAGGAGGAAAAAUCAACAAAUGUACCAGUAUCGUCGACUUGUAAUUUUUUAUUUAUUUAUUUUUUUU